GUGAAACCAAAAAAAAGCCAGCCUACGGCCUGCCUCACUUCCUCUUCCCCUUUGAAACUAAUCCCCAAUUCCAUCUGCAAUUAUUUAGGUUUAGGGUUUGUUGAAUUCGUGUAUUCUCAAAUCUGAAUCCUAAUUUAUCAUGACUGCCCGUUUGGCUUCCUCCGCCGCGCGUCGUUGUGUUCGAUCUAUCAAUUUCUUUUCACGGCGGGGUAUUGGAUCCGGAACUCAAUUCCUCCAAAGGUUCAAUUUUUUUUCAAAAAAAUAGGAAAUUGAUGUAGUACUAUACUCUAACUUGGUUGUAUUUGCUUAAAUUUGCUUGUGACUUAUGGUUGGAGGCGGAGGAUCAUAACAGAAUCAUCAGUUUAGAGAAGAGCAUUAUGCGUAAUGUGAUGAACUUGGGCAGAAUCAUCAGUCUCAAGGAGAGCAUUAGUCUCAAGGAGAGCAUUGUGGACAUGGAGUUGGAUAAUAAGCUAAUCUUGGGCCCCCCCGCCUAUAACCAACCUUCUAAGUAGUAGUUUCCAUCCUCCAUGCCAAUCUCCUCCUCCCUGCGACUGCUGUUACUGUAGCAUGUACCCUCCCUUCGUCGAAGAGAGAAAAUUCAAUACGUCAUGGUCUUCACGCCUACAACUUUUGAAGCCUAAGCCUAAGCUAGCAGACAUUCUCCUGAGUUAUCGUGAUAUACAUGAUCGUGAGUUUUUCACUUCAUAUUCCCUUGUAAACAAUGGCGACCUCUCGCCCCAAUAUUACGUAUAUCCUCCAUCUUUUCUGGCCGAACAAGGUUAUCUCUUCACCGGGGCUACUUCUAAUGGUGUGCUUCAUUUUCACAAUAAAGACUUGGGUAGUCAUGCUCUUUGGAACCUAUUAACGGGUGAGUAUAAGAUCCUUCCUAAGCACUUUGUCGACGAACUCUCUCCUUCUGUUUGUUUUGGAUUUACAAUGUGGUCUGACCAUGAAUCUCAAGAUUGCAAACUGAUGUAUCUUGUAGACGUCAUUUCUAUAAGUGAACAAGGCGACUUAGAUAGGUUUUAUCAUUUCGUAUUGUAUUCACUCAAAACUAAUUCAUGGAGGCUAAUACCAUUCACCGGCUUUGAUUUGGUUGAAGUGUUUGACGGAUAUGGUUGCGUAUCCGGGGGUUUUUACUGCGUAGCGUAUCGAAAAGAGAGUGGCGAAUGUAUCCUUUCGUUUGACAUUUCUACCGAAACCUUUUCCACUCUGCCCACCCCGAACGAUUAUAGCUACGACACUCGUUACGAUUUUCUAGAGUAUAAAGGAUACUUGUGCAUUAUUGAGAACGAAGGCUACAAUCUUCGUAUGCCUCGGCUUUGGGUUUUGGGCGAUGACGGGUUGUGGAUGAGGGAGUCUUUUUUCGAUACUAUUGGUGUUGGGUGGCCGUUGUGGUCUUCGUAUGAUGGUAAUCUGUUGUAUUUUCCAAGCUUAGUUGAUGAUGCGCUAGUGGUGUUUGAUUGUGCCACGGGAGUGCUGGUGGUGUAUCAUGAGGUCAAGUGCUCGUCUAUGGUUCCGUUUUCGCAGAGUUUAACUCAGCUUAAUAAGCUUUAAGAUGUUGUGAUAAAGAGGAGGAUGAGUUUGCAAGUUGUAGGCCAGGAAUUGAGCUAGUUUAAGGUAGGAAUUCAUGUUUAUUUUAGAUCAGUUCAGUUGUUGUGUUUGGAAUUGUUUUUACUCUAUUUAUAGGAAUUCACAUAGAGAUUUCUUUUACUAGUAUAGUAUUUAAGAUGAGUCUGUGUUUGGAUUUGUUUUGCAAAUACGAAUGUAAUCUUAUUUCAUUC